AUGACACUGCAGACCGCACAAGACCAGGAAACCGAACAAACGAUAGUGCAUAACCUCUCGUCAAAACAACUUACUGUGACCCAAACAAAAGUCCUACAACGUGGAUCUGGUUUUAACACAACUGACGCCGACCCGGUCACCUUCAUUGCUUCUUUGGAAUCAGUGCUUCGUCAAACCGGCGCCACAGACGAGGUAAAGGACCUCCUUCGAGAUCAAGUCUCUUCACCUCUCAUGUCGCACCGGAAAACCCAUGCCCUGCUAAGAGAUGAACAAAAGGCCCUAAGGGAGCUGAAAGCGGACACCGAAAUAGUUAUUCUGCCUGCUGACAAAGGCCGGUCAACCGUCAUCCUCGACAAGGUGGACUACCGACGCAAAGCCCUCCUGCUCCUCAACGAUCGAGUGUCCUACAAAGUCAGCGACGCCGCCAGUCAAAAGUCCCUAGUGGCAAAGGUUAACAGAACUCUGGCUCGACUAAAAAAGGACAAGGUCAUCACCGUCAAAGACUGGUAUAUGGCAAAGCCCGCAGAAACCGCUAUGGCGAGAUUCUAUGGUCUCCCAAAAGUACACAAGCCAGAUGUUCUCCCCCGUCCUAUCGUCUCGCUCCGAGGCACACCCACAUACGGGCUUGCAAGCUGGCUAUUUCAGAAGCUAAGAUUCCUAACUGCAGGCUCACAAACAACGGUGCACUCAGCAGAACAAUCCCUUGACAAAAUAAGGGCAGUCACGAUCGAACCGAAUGAAAGGAUGGUGUCUUUUGACGUCGUCUCACUCUUCACGUCCAUACCACAGACCCUUGCGGUCGAAACGCUCAGUGACCUGCUACGUCAAAAUUACGACGGAGGCGAUGGCCAGCCCACAGCUCAGGAUCUCAUAGAACUCCUAGGGCACUGCCUCAAGACAUUCUUUACCUUCGAAGGGACCACAUACGAGCAGAUCAAGGGCACUCCAAUGGGUUCACCAAUCUCCGGACUCAUUGCCGAGGCGGUUCUACAAAAACUCGAGAGACGACUAUUCGAGGAGUACAAACCCAAGUUUUGGGCACGCUACGUUGAUGACACCUUCGUGAUCAUAGACCAGGAUAAAAUCAACUACUAUGCGGAAGUACUGAACUCAAUCAUGCCCGAUCUACAGUUCACGAUGGAGGAGGAAGUCGAGGACAAACUUCCAUUCUUGGAUGUUCUCGUCUGCCGCCAACCAAAUGGCGAACUAGCGACGUCGGUCUACAGAAAACCGACGAACACGCUGCAAAUUCUCAGCUACAACAGCAACCACCCGCCACAACACAAACGAAGCUGUGUCCGCACGCUGUACCGACGGGUAGAAACUCAUUGCAGCACGCCAGCCACCAAACUGAAUGAGAUAAAGCUCCUCCGAGAACUUUUCAGAGCCAAUGGCUAUCCACGGGCAUUCACUGAACGAAGCCGGAGGCAGCCAAAGAAACGGAACGAGGAGCACAGUCAGCCAAACUCGUGGCGGAGCAUUCCGUACAUUAAAAGGGUCUCCGAAGUCGUGGCUCGAUCACUCGCGCCACUCGGAAUAGGUGUUGCCCAUAGGCCUGACUCAACAAUCCGCCGGCAAGUGAUGCGGCCGAAAGAUCCGAUCCCUAAGCAGGAGAUGUCGGCCGUUGUCUACCGACUCCAAUGCAACUGCGGAAGUUGCGACUACGUUGGGGAAACCGGCCGACGGCUGCAAACGCGAAUGCACGAGCAUAAGUUGGCCGUGCGAAGGUUGGACCCAAAGUCGGAGGUAGCAACCCAUGCCGCGCAAAUGGGACACAUCUUCAACUUUGACGCCGUUGAGAUUGUGGGCCGGGGCGGCGAUCACACAGCAAGGCAAGUGCAAGAAGCCUGGAUGUCCACCGACCGCUCUGUCAACCGCCACAUUAAUUUGCCUCCCCCUUAUCUGACUUUACGAACCUUCUUAGCGGGGGACAGUCACGGCGCGGGACAAUCGGGGCCGUCAGUCAUCACCGCCGCCGACGGGGGCGAUUCAGGUCACGGUGACAUGCGGGUUGGAUGCAGCCACACAGGCGGCAUUGGCGGAUGA